AUGGAAAAAGCCAUUGGAAACCGGACCGUAUGUAUAACCCUCCAUCCAGGGUUUGAAAGCGUCUGCUUAAACCGCCCAUAUUAGAAGUGGCUGCAUUGGGCCUAAAAACGCGAGCUGGAAAGUCGUACACAACAACAAAAUACCCAUUUUGUGCAAAUGCCUGUUUUACUAUAACUAUGAGAAGAAAGCAGAAAAGUAUGAAAAAACAUGCAACAAUAUGGGAAUUCCAAAUAGUCAGAGCAUUCAUUACACGAAUAUUGAACAACGAUGCCAGAAAAAAUCAUGUCACAGGUAAAUGAGGAAAUAAAUAUAAUGGUGAUAAGCACAGCGCGAAUACAUUGUAAUUUCACUCACCGAUCGUCGACUCCGCUUUGAUAGUGUUUCAGAGGAUUUUUUCCAAAUGUUUGGAAACCUCCCCUUUUUCAAAUUCCUUUUCAUGCCUUUCAUCGGAAAAGCAAGCGUAAAACAAUCCCUUGUGAAAUGCUCCGAGCACACAGAAAAUUUUCCCACCGGGUUGAAAUCCUUCCGAUGAAUGGAGACAAACCUUUUCCACUUUAAUCUUACGCUGCCCAAAUCCCCAAUUUAUCGUUCUUUACGUUUCCACAGUCCUGAACAACACAACGGCUACAAGGCAUACUUACGCUUUAAGUCAAAAAAGCGAAGAAAGUACCUAAGUUCCAAAAAUAUCUCGCCCUGCAUGCGAAAUUAGCCACGUUUGUGUGCCUUGUUUUGCUGCGUUGAUGUUUCUACGUCACAUCUCGCCCCAAGUCCUUCAAAUACUACUCCCGGUCAUUUUUUGAAUCAAGUAAUGGCAGCAAGACAUUUACAAAAAUUGCCGUGCAAAUAAACACACUUCCAGAUCAUAUUUGGACUCCAAACUUGGCACGGUAAGUCACUUUUACAUAUAUUCUCGAAAUAUGUAAUCAAAAACAAAUUCCCAAAUUUGAUCAUAGUAGCACUUUAAGAAUGCUAAUAAAGCUAAGUUGCAAACCGCCAAACCGUCUGUUCCUGGAGAAGAAGUGGAAUUUGUAGUGAAAAGCCACAGCGAAGAUGAGAGGCAAGAUGAUGAUAACCUGGAAAUUGGGCUUCACAACCAUGAAGUUGAGGACCUAGUUAAGGAAGCAAACGAAAGUGACGAUGAUUGGUGAAAUUUUAAAUCGCGACGUUUCCAUUCCCCACGUUCGUUCUGUUAUAAAUUUACAUAAGAACUGGAAAAGGGUUAAGCAUUGUAUGCUAUGGACAAAUAGCAAGAAAUUAUCCAGUUGAAAAUGUAUUACAUUUUGCAUUUAAGAUAGUUUAAAAAGAACAAUUAUACUGAUCUACGAAUGAAAAGUCCAUUUUUGGUAGCAUAUUUACAAAUAAUUUCCCGAGUAAUUUCAAGAAUAAUAAAUUAUCAUUCUAGCAAAAGUGAGUAAAUGCUACAUGUACUUUUCUCUUUCAAGAGGGGUGCAUUGGGCGGGCGGGAGGAGGAGCUCUGAAUGCCACCAAACCACAAUGAUAUUAAUUUCUGCCGACACCACUUUCAUAUUUGCCCCCAUGCGCUUAUUUUGCUAGCUAUCAUCACCUUUCGCUUUGUUACUUCACAAGACAUUUCUUUCUCCUUACUAAGACUUGGGGGAUUCGAUCAUGCUGGCCGUUAGUCUGACAUGCCAAAUGAAGGGCCGUUUUAACAAAAUGGUCAACAGCGCAAAUAAUUUUGUUUCACCGAAUAUCACAGGUGUAAAGAUGCACAUAUCUUACACUGUUAGAUUUCAGAUCACCGCAAUAUCGCAAGAUGGGAAUUUAUUUGAUGAAAUGCUGCACAAAAAAUAGCAACUCAAACGCCAAAUGGCCCCCUCUUUCCUACAAAAGAAGAUUAUUUGAUGGUCCAAUGUAUCAACUAAACCAACCAAAGGUAACCAAAACAAACAAAGAACUCACUAUAAUCUGGGCCAGGGACUGGAUACCGCUAAUUUCCGCAAUAAUCUCUCACUUUUUUAUUUAAUACCAGGACCCAGUAAAAAUAAUCAAUCCUUCCCCUCACCCACCUGCCACUCGUAUGAAAGAUACCAGGACUGAGUCAUGGAUAAGCUUCCUGACAAAAUUCUCUUAAGAAUCUUUUCCUUUCUCCAUUUUACUGAGCGAAUUGUUUUGAGUAUAGUAUCCCGCAGGUGGAGUUCUCUUCUUUAUGAUUACUCUUUGUGAAAGAUAUUUCCAUAACUCAAUCACACUGCGAGGAUCAGCAACUGUCAUCUCUAUUCGCCGCUGCAAAAAGGCUAAUGGCAAUAGACUUCUUUAACAGCCAUUUUUUGGAUGGCUCAUGGUUACUUCUAGGAGGACUAUUAAGUGGACUCAGGCGCCUCACUUUGUCAGGGACCAGUAUCACCGACGCAAUUUUGUCAAGCGUUCUUUGAACUACCAGAGAUCUAGAAGAACUUCUCUUAAACGAAUUAGCGAGUUCUGCAUACCAGAGAUAAUUGCCCUGAGGAAACUAAAGUAUAUUGGUUUCCCCCCUAAAGGUGUUUGCGGGUUCAGGAGGAGUGGAGUGCUAUUAAUUGUGAAAGCAAGUCCGUCACUGAGAAUACUGGACUGUCAAGAAGGUCACUUUUUUGUCCAGGAGGAGAUUUCGGAGAUUGUCAGCAACAACUGUAACCUUACCAGCUUAAUCAUUCCCUACGCCUUUGUGGAUGACAAUACCUUCCUGUUCAUCAUUGAGAGCUAACAGAACUUAACAUAUAUUUGUGUAUGUGAGACAAACGUUUCUCAAGCAUGUGUGGACUAAAUGAAAAUCGGGAAGCCUCUUUUAAAUAUUUGCUGGAAUGUAAAUCAUACACCAUAAAACUGACCUGAACUGAGAGUAUCAGAUUUACUAAUUUUGUUCUUGAUGUUUUUGGCCACACGUUUUAAAUGAAUCUAAGGCUUUGUUCUCUUGGGCAUCAUCUCUUUAUGCUAGUUNCCUAAAGGUGUUUGCGGGUUCAGGAGGAGUGGAGUGCUAUUAAUUGUGAAAGCAAGUCCGUCACUGAGAAUACUGGACUGUCAAGAAGGUCACUUUUUUGUCCAGGAGGAGAUUUCGGAGAUUGUCAGCAACAACUGUAACCUUACCAGCUUAAUCAUUCCCUACGCCUUUGUGGAUGACAAUACCUUCCUGUUCAUCAUUGAGAGCUAACAGAACUUAACAUAUAUUUGUGUAUGUGAGACAAACGUUUCUCAAGCAUGUGUGGACUAAAUGAAAAUCGGGAAGCCUCUUUUAAAUAUUUGCUGGAAUGUAAAUCAUACACCAUAAAACUGACCUGAACUGAGAGUAUCAGAUUUACUAAUUUUGUUCUUGAUGUUUUUGGCCACACGUUUUAAAUGAAUCUAAGGCUUUGUUCUCUUGGGCAUCAUCUCUUUAUGCUAGUUGGUACUGAUGCUUAUUUUGAUUUUGUCUAUACACAUGAUCCCAAAAUGGCGGUAAACAGAGACAAGCUGGGUCUAGUUGCAUGGAAGCGAGGCAUCAAGGGCCUCGUUAAUGACAUGGCGUUCCUGGAGAAUUGCACUGCAAUAGGUUCUUUAUUUUAAAUGGAGAAUGACAUUCUGGGAAGUACACUAAAUGGGAAGGAUCCCUCCGCAUUGAAGAAUUUGAAUCUCAAGUUUUGGUUAAGGUGUCGGGGCCACUCGUGUAAAGGAUUGUCUGCAAAAGCUCAACUUUGUAACUGGUACAUGUGCAGUUAAAAGACUUCUUUUGAUCAAAAUAUAAGCUUAAGCUCUACUUUAUAUGCAUAAACGUUUAUCAGCCUGGAUACACACUCUUGUACUCUUUUCCAGGGUCAGUGAAUACUUAAAAGACAAAAAUAUCUCAUCUCCUUGUUGAUCCAGAUGAAAACGGGAUAUGUACAAAGCGCAAGAGGCGCCUCCUGUGUCAAGUUAAUGGUUCUCAAGAACUUGCAGCCAGCAGCCAGCAGCCAUAAUCUUCGGCCAUACAAGAUAUAAUACUAAUAGCAUAAAAAAAGAAAUUGGUUAAUUUGCUAUUUGUUUUCUUUCAUACUGUUGCCUGAUUCAACUACAUUUAGCAUUACAUCUUAAAUUUUUAAUUACGGUUAUAAUUCACUUAAUUUUCUUCCAUGUCAUUGGCUAGCUUCAUAUGUAUGACAAAUUUUUGGAUUUAUAAGUAAUUGUAAUAUUUUGAAUAUCUGUGUAGUUGGAUUGAGUAAAUAAAUGCAUAAAUAAAAAAGGUUAGGACAUACUCAAGUCUUUCUGCAAUUCAUUUGUUUCAGAGACUUUUUUUUGAGAUGGGACGGGGCAACUUUUAGAAAACAUACUACCACUUCAAGAUCACUACGUUUCCAGGACUACCAGCAAAAAAAAAUUAAGAAAGUGCUCCUCACUCAGAUAGAGCAAUUAAUUGGUGCCCAGCCACAGCUACGCAAAAGGCUAAUGUCACCAUUUCCCACACAAAAUAGAAGCAAUUCAGACCCCUUUUUAUUGUCAAUGAAUGCUUUGCAGGUUCUUCUAGGCUUUGCUCAUGUUUUUCACCAAAUAUAGCCAAGACCAGUUGUUUUAGAACUUCAAGUAAUCGCUAAACAAAACAAAUUGGGUCCAAUUUGGUAUGGCAUAUCUAGGCUUAUGUAUGGGGAUUGUGAAACUUCCAAGAAUAAGCACGUACUGGAGAACAGACAACCCCUUACACCAGAUAGGUGUUAGCUCUGUGAUUACUGAAACGUGAUUUUUCCACAUUUGGAGAUAUUCCCAAGAGACGAUCCUAGAUUUGAUAAAAUUUAUCGCGUCAUGCAAUUUUUAGACCUGGUCAUAGCCAAUAAUCAACGUCUGUAUGGCCUUGCCAGAAAUAAGUCUAUUGAUGAGACCAUGGUUCCCACAAAGGUCGCCUUUCAUUCAAACAAUAUAUAAGCGGUCAUUGAGCGUGGUCAGUGGUCAUCAAGCAAGAUGGCCACGAAAUUUAAAGCUCCGUGUUUAAGAGAAAUUAAGUUAAAGUUUCAUUUCAAAUUCUCUUCCAUUUUAACUUUUCAUGUCAAAAUCCUUUAUGUAAACAAUGUCUGCAACUAAGAGAGGAAAACAGAAGCAACAGGCAGAAGUUUCAGAAGAAGAAGACUUCGAAACAUUUGUAAGAGAGUCGCUAGUGCAACUGAGCAAAGAUCAGAAACAAAUCAUUCAGGACAGCUCAAACUAAAAAGCUUAAGUAAAACUGAAUGAAACAGCGUUAGAUAAAAUAUCUAGCCAAUUUAAGACCCUCAACAACAGCUUUGAAGGACUCAAGGGCAAGCUUCAUGACGUGAGGUGUAAAGUCGACGAGAUGGAAAGCUCCGUUCAAAAACACGCUAAGCAAAUUGAGGGAAUGCGUGAAAGACUGCUGUCCCUUGAGCGGUAUUCUCGAGAAUACAACCUCCGUUUCCACAACGUCCCAAAAUCUACUGACGAGGAUUGUGUUCCAAAAGUCCGUAACAUUUUAUCAACUCAGCUUGAUAUGGAGCCGGAGAUUGAAAACGCGCAUCGUGUUGGUUCUCGAAAUGACGACAAAUCCUUUAUCNAUAGAGCAAUUAAUUGGUGCCCAGCCACAGCUACGCAAAAGGCUAAUGUCACCAUUUCCCACACAAAAUAGAAGCAAUUCAGACCCCUUUUUAUUGUCAAUGAAUGCUUUGCAGGUUCUUCUAGGCUUUGCUCAUGUUUUUCACCAAAUAUAGCCAAGACCAGUUGUUUUAGAACUUCAAGUAAUCGCUAAACAAAACAAAUUGGGUCCAAUUUGGUAUGGCAUAUCUAGGCUUAUGUAUGGGGAUUGUGAAACUUCCAAGAAUAAGCACGUACUGGAGAACAGACAACCCCUUACACCAGAUAGGUGUUAGCUCUGUGAUUACUGAAACGUGAUUUUUCCACAUUUGGAGAUAUUCCCAAGAGACGAUCCUAGAUUUGAUAAAAUUUAUCGCGUCAUGCAAUUUUUAGACCUGGUCAUAGCCAAUAAUCAACGUCUGUAUGGCCUUGCCAGAAAUAAGUCUAUUGAUGAGACCAUGGUUCCCACAAAGGUCGCCUUUCAUUCAAACAAUAUAUAAGCGGUCAUUGAGCGUGGUCAGUGGUCAUCAAGCAAGAUGGCCACGAAAUUUAAAGCUCCGUGUUUAAGAGAAAUUAAGUUAAAGUUUCAUUUCAAAUUCUCUUCCAUUUUAACUUUUCAUGUCAAAAUCCUUUAUGUAAACAAUGUCUGCAACUAAGAGAGGAAAACAGAAGCAACAGGCAGAAGUUUCAGAAGAAGAAGACUUCGAAACAUUUGUAAGAGAGUCGCUAGUGCAACUGAGCAAAGAUCAGAAACAAAUCAUUCAGGACAGCUCAAACUAAAAAGCUUAAGUAAAACUGAAUGAAACAGCGUUAGAUAAAAUAUCUAGCCAAUUUAAGACCCUCAACAACAGCUUUGAAGGACUCAAGGGCAAGCUUCAUGACGUGAGGUGUAAAGUCGACGAGAUGGAAAGCUCCGUUCAAAAACACGCUAAGCAAAUUGAGGGAAUGCGUGAAAGACUGCUGUCCCUUGAGCGGUAUUCUCGAGAAUACAACCUCCGUUUCCACAACGUCCCAAAAUCUACUGACGAGGAUUGUGUUCCAAAAGUCCGUAACAUUUUAUCAACUCAGCUUGAUAUGGAGCCGGAGAUUGAAAACGCGCAUCGUGUUGGUUCUCGAAAUGACGACAAAUCCUUUAUCGUCCACAGAGGUAUAAAGUUAUCCAGAAGAAGCAUGAUCUUGAGGAUGAUAUUUGGGUUACAGAGGAUCUAAUCUGGGAAGAUCGUGAAGCAAAGAAGAAAUUAAAGGAAGUAAUGACGGGGGAAUUUAAAAAUGGCAAAAAGCCUAGAUUCGCGCGCGGAAAACUUUACAUAGAUGUUCCACUUCGUGAUCAUAUUACGCCUCAUUAUGCAAACCUUGGCCUAAUUAAGCUUCCUGACAUUGUUAAGCUAAAUACCUGA